GCUGGAGAAGAGAGAGAGAGAGAGAGAGAGAGAAAGAGAGACAGAACGUCGGCGGGAGAAACAGGGAGGAAGAAAGAAGAGAAGAACCAAAUAAGCGAAGGAUCGCACAAAGGAUUACAAGGAACGUUAAAGGAUGACAAAACGACUGUUUGGAGAAGGAAAAGGAUCGAGUAGAGAAGGAAUAUGAAGGAUUAUUCUUGUUUAUCCUGAAGGCCAGCUUCACAACUGUAUUACAGAUCAGAAUGGGAAACACAGACAGCCAACACAGCAGCUUCAUAAUUCCUGGCAAGUCACGGCCGUGCUCGCUGAAGCUGCACUCAUCCAAAGAGGAAAUCCUCUCCCCCCAUAGCUGGUGGAGGAACACAGGAGGAGCAUCAGCCUCUAAAACUCGUGGGUCCUCCAGAAACUGCUUGAACCAACACAAAAGUAGUCAGCCAUACGUCUCUUACCAUUAUGACUACAUUGAUGCAAAGCAUCCUGGGACUCCGCAGAGCAGCGACUGGGACCAUGGGUCAAUCCUGGCACGUGGGAAUUGUCAGUACACUCACGCUUCAGGAAGAAGCUCCAACUCCGAAAUUGCACCAAUAAAGAGCAGUCCCAAGGUGCUCUUGAGUGGGGAUGGAAGCUUGAGGGUGGAGUUCACCAAUGGAAGAAGAGGCCUGGACAAUGAUCUCUGUGCUGCACCCAUGGAAUUGACUUUGAGAGACAGCAAAGGUUCUUCUAUCAGUUCUGAGGAAUCCUGGUAUGAUUCUCCAUGGGGUGCUGCGACGGAGCUCUGUGACAAUGUUUUCACCGCUAACCAGCCUUCGGAUGACAGCAGCGGAUAUACUACACUCUCUUCCACCCGUACCGAGGAUACCAGCUGCCCUCCUUCCACUAUGGAAUGCCAUGCAGAUGAGAUCCUGUGUCAGGCGACAGAGGAGGACAGCGGUAUUGGAGAUUCGGUUUUACUCCACACAGAGCAGAAGGACUUUGGAUUCAAGUCUUUCGGUAACAUUUAUGCCGACCCAAACUUGACCGGCCCGUUUCCCACAAUUGGUAUCCUUCCUGAAGACCAGGUCCAGGAUCCUCCUGAUCUCCAUUCCAUUACUAAGGAUGAAAACCAAGCAAACCAACCUUUCGCCUCCUUCACACUGCCCUGCAGAAAAUCAGGUGGUGGUGAUGUUAAUUCGAGGAAGGACUCGCUCAAGAGCCGCAUCCAGCGCAUUAGUGAUUGGACUGGAAGCCUGAGCAGGAAAAAACGAAGAUUGCAGGAGCCCUCAGAGACCUUCACAAGCGCUGUGGAUGGCCUGGUGGGUGACUCCAGCGUUCAACUGCUUGACCCAUGCUGGAAUCUCCUGAACAGCCAGACGCGCUCCGCCUGCUCUCUAACAGAAACAAAUACUCAGCAAAACCAAAAUGUCUACGAGAACUUCAUGCAGGAGCUGGAAAUGGGUGAUGCUCUCCAGGAGUGGGAAGAGGUCGAGGGAGAGCAGGCUGAGAGCAGCAGUGGGUCUCUGAGCUCUUUGGAACAGAUGGAACUGCUGUUUGAAAAAGAACAAGGGGUGGUGCGAAGGGCUGGGCGACUUGCCUUCAAACCACUCAUCAGCGUGCAUAAAGAGCGCAAACUGGAACUGGUGGCACGCCGGCGGUGGAGACAAUAUUGGGUUACACUUAAAGGUUGUAUGCUCCUAUUGAGUGAGGCAGAUGGGAAGAGCUGCCCGGAACAGGAAAUGUCCCCACGCUACGUCCUGCUUGCCGAGGAUAGCAUUGUCCAGGCAGUCCCUGAGCACCCAAAGAAGGAAAACGUUUUCUGUUUGAGUAAUGCUUAUGGAGACGUCUACCUUUUUCAGGCAUCGAAUCAGACAGAUGUGGAGAACUGGGUAACAGCCAUCCACUCAGCCAGUGCCUCACACUUGGCCAAGCGUCAGGGUAAAGAAGACACGGUGCGGCUGCUGAGGAGCCAGAGCAGAGCCCUGCUGCAGAAGAUCGACAUGGACAGCAAAAUGAAGAAAAUGGCUGAGCUGCAGCUGUCUGUCAUUACUGACCAUAAAAACAGGAAGGCUGUGGAGGGACAGAUCCAGCAGUGGGAGCAAAACCUGGAGAAGUUCAACAUGGAGCUUUUCCGCAUGCGCUGCUACCUGGCCAGUCUGCAGGGUUCCGAGCAGCCCAACCCCAAGAAUUUGUUAGCCGUCGCGUCACGUCAGUCGAAGAUAGCGCUUGGACGUCUGGGUGUUUUCUCCGUCUCAUCUUUCCAUGCUUUGACGUGCACACGUGAUGAGGCCAGUCUGAGGAGGCGUUCUCGCUCUCAGUCUCGGGCUGCAAGGAACAAGCGAGGAAUCUUCUCCUCUCAGAAAGGCCUGGACAGCUUGAAUAGACGCAACCGGGAAAAGAGGCAGUCUCUGUCCCAGGUAUUUGAAGGACACUCCGAUGGAACUCUGGGCCAUCCGGCGAUGCAGAGCAGUUCAGAGUUGAAGCAGCUAGACCCGGCGCUGUAUGAUCUUCAGUUGAAGAGAUGUUCAGGUCCACAGGUGGAGAUCAGCAGUGCAGCAAACUCAGACUUGGUUUAUGACGAACUUGAAGUUUGCCCUCUCAACGCGUUCACUUUAACUAUUUCACGUCCAGACACCGCCGUAGAUUUCGGAUUUGCAGUGACCGGCCACGUGGAUGGUUUGAGGACGAGUCACAUCUACGUGAGCGAGGUGAAUCCGCAAGGACUGGCGUUCACUAACGGCCUGAAAGCAGGUGAUGAAAUCCUGGCUGUAAACAAUGCAAGCGUAUCCACCCUGGACUUGGGCCUCAUACACACCUUGUUCGGCGAGCAGACGCUCCGUCUCGUCCUGCGCCGCGAGGAGGGCGUGGCGGAUGAGCAGGGUGGGGCGUGGCCAGGGUGCGACCCCUGUGACCCGUAUGGAACUGUGCCAGCCUCCAGCGCACCCUGCUGCCCCGCUCCAACCUCACACAGCACUCAGACCCAGUUCAGCUCAUCAGAUUGCUCCCAGCUCCUGGAAGUUCCCGGAGAUGCAGCGGCGCCUCUUUCAGGGGACGUCUGCGAUAAGGACAAUCGGUGCAGAAAGAAUAUGAAGCAGGGAUGCUCACUGUACCGACCCUACCCCGAAGAUGAAAGCCUCGCAGCCGAGGUCUACAGAAACCCGUACUCCGCGGACGGCAGCACGGCAAGGGGCAGCCCACGCCACAUGACCAUCACAGAGAGAUUGCGUAAGGUCAUCCAGGAGCUCGUGGACACCGAGAAGUCCUACGUGAAGGACCUUAGCUGUCUGUUCGAGAUCUACCUGAAGCCUUUAGAGAGAGAGACGUUCCUCAGCCGUGGCGAGAUGGAGUCAUUAUUUGGCAGCCUGCCAGAGAUGCUAGACUUCCAGAGGGUGUUUCUGCAGACGCUGGAAGAGAAAACCAGCUCGUCUCCAGACUCCAUAACGCUCCAGACGGCAGAGCAGCUCAAGAAACUGCUUUCCUCACUGGGAGGAUCCUUUCUAUACUACGCCGACCACUUUAAGCUCUACAGUGGCUUCUGUGCGAACCACAUCAAAGUCCAAAAAGUUCUCGAACGAGCAAAGACAGACAGGACGUUUAAAGAGUUCCUGGAGGAGAGGAACCCCACCAAACAGCAUUCGUCCACGCUGGAAUCCUACCUCAUCAAGCCUGUGCAGAGGGUCCUCAAAUACCCACUGCUGCUCCGAGAACUCGUGUCCCUUACAGACCCUGAGAGUGAGGAGCACUCCCAUCUCACAGAUGCUUUGAGGGCCAUGGAGAAGGUGGCCAGCCACAUUAACGAAAUGCAGAAGAUCUAUGAAGACUACGGCACCGUGUUUGAUCAGCUGGUGGCUGAACAGUGCAGCACCAAGAAGGAGGUGACAGAGAUCUCAAUGGGAGAGUUCAUCAUCCAUGGCUCUGCGCUCUGGCUGAACCCCAUGACCUCACUGGGCCGCAUGAGGAAAGAGCCAGAACUCACGGUUUUCAUCUUCAAAAGAGCAGUUAUUCUGGUGUAUCGAGAGAGCAUCAAGCUGAAGAAAAGGAUGACAGCAUCCCGCUCUGGAGAUCUGGACCACUUCAAAUUCCGCUGGCUCAUUCCAGCCACAUCGCUGCAUCUCCGACCUGGAAACUCAGCAGGAUCUGAGAAUCCCUGCCUUUGGGAAUUAGUCCACACCAAAUCUGAGGUUGAAGGAAGACCAGAGACGGUUUUUCAGCUCUGCAGCAGUAGUCUAGAAAGCAAGGUGAACGUGGUGAAGGCCAUCCGCUGUGUGCUGAGGGAAAAUGCCAAAAGAAGCGCUCCAGCUGAGAGGGGUUUCAGAGACAAUCUGACUUUCCCCAGGAGAAACCACCAAGCCACAGUGAGGAGCAGAUCCUGGACCAAGAUACUUCAACCAGGUGAAGGACAUCUGCUUGGUGGAGACACGCAUUCAGAGCCUGGCAUUCCCAAAAACCCAUGCCCGUCUCUGGGCACAGGCGCCAGGCUGGGUUCCCUCACCAACUCACUGGAGGCGCAGCUUCAGAGACUGAGCUUCAUGGAGGAGGUGCCACAGGAAGCCAGGAGCAGAAACUCCAGUCACAUGACCAUGAUGGAGAAUGCUUCUGACAUGGAUGUGGGCUCCCUGCUGGUUAGGGACUACAGCGUGCAGAGUCUGAACUCUGCGGUUAAUGAAGGCGGUUUCUAUGACACAGUCAUGGGGGUCCAAAAAGCUGCCAUUUCAACACUUUAGAGCGAGAGUUCCUGUCUUAGCUUGAUUUAAAGGUCUGAGCGCUGUUUUUAUUUCAACGGCGAUAUAUGAAAAAGAUUCUGAGCUUUUAAACAACAUUUGCACAAUUGUUCAUUAGUAUAACAGACAGUAUGUACUUAAAGAAAUGUAGCACAUAGCAAAGACAAAAGCACCAUCUGAUGUACUGAAAAUAGACAGUGAUAGGGUGGCACGAUUCUGAUUGUUUUACAACGACAGCAUGUCUUACAGUGUUUUAUUCUACUUAUACUAAAACAAACCGACAGUGAAGAGUAUUUACUAAUUAAUUACUCACUCACUCGUUGUCUAUAUGGCUUUAUCCUAUAUACAGGGUC